AUGUCGGCUAGAAGAUCUGACGAUCCCGUUGUACCAGUACUUGGAGGUCUUCCCUCCGCUCAACCCUCCACAGCAUCAGUGUCGCUGCCUCACGAAGUCAAAGACUUAGAUCACGAUGAGAAGGAUGGGCCGAGCGCUGAAGGUGGCUACUCUGACAAAGAUGUCAUCAAUAUUGGUAGUAAAUCCAGAGGUGUCAUCGAGAUGGACGCUUUGCAAGCAAGAAUGAACACCAAAUGGCGGAUCGUUAUAUACCUCUUCUUCAUGUUCGUGUCAUACAGUCUGAGUCUGGAUCAAAGUACUGCUACUGUAUAUCUCAACUAUGCUGUAUCCAAAGGUUUCAAGUUACAUUCCCUACAGGCCUCAGUCACGGUCGUCACGUCCAUUUUCUCCGCCAUGGCACCUACACCGAUUGCCAAAUUUGCUGAUUACUUCGGUCGAGUGUAUGCCGAGAUCGGUUGUCUCAUCCUUUAUACUGUCGGACAAGCUGUUAUGGCAUCAGCUAAGGGUAUCGUCCAGUUCUCAGCUGGUAGUGCCAUUCAUACCCUUGGUAUUAGUGGCAUGUUCAUGCUUCAAAAUAUCAUCAUUGCCGAUAUCUCUUCACUGCGAAAUCGAUACUGGUGGUUGGUCGCCCCGUCCGUUCCUCAAGUUUUCAACUCCUUCUUAGGUGCGAAUGUAGCUCAGUCGAUGCUGGGUUACGGUAAUGAAAGCACUUCUUGGAGAUGGGGUAUUGCGAUGUUCUGUAUCUUGAUCCCGCCUAUUACUACUCCGAUCAUCAUCACAUUAUGGCGAGGAACUCGUCCCGAGAGAGCUAUCCGACAACAGCUCAAGCAGAUCAAGCGGGAAAGGGCCGCGCAAACAUCUCUUGUCCAAAGGUUUUGGGCCGAUGCGAAGGAUAUCUUCUGGAAACUUGACGUUAUCGGUCUCGUUCUCUUUGUCGUUGGCAUUGGGUUAUUCCUUGUAACUCUUACAUUGGCAAACUCUCGAUUCAAUAAAUGGAGUGACGCCCACACUAUCGCCCAGCUCGUUGUUGGAGUAGUAAUCUCUGUCGGCUUUGUCGCUUGGGAAAGAUGGUUCGCUCCUAUCCCCUUGCUUCCCUUCGCCUUAAUCAAGAGGAAGACAGUCGUUGGCUGUUGCCUGAUCGCUUUAUGGCAUCCUCUUGCUGGACGAUCGGUCAGCACAUACCUUUACACGUAUCUCCAAGUUGCCGCCGAUCAGUCACAGGUCUCGGCCACACGAAUCACAAGUUUCCCCACGAUCGGUGGAUGGGUAACCGCCGUCAUUGGAGCUCUCAUUGCUCGAAAAUACAGAGUCUUGAAGCCCAUCAUCAUUUUUGGAAUGUUCAUUGAAACACUCGCUACCGGACUGAUGCUCCGAUACAGGACCAGUCAUAGUUCUCAAGCUGAGCUUGCCAUUAUUCAAGUUUUGCGAGGUGCUUCCAAUGGUUUUAUUCCUUAUCCCAUUCAAGCACUCAUUCAGGCCGCUGCUCCUCAUGAACACCUCGCACUGGUAACAGCUGGUUGGACUGCAAUUUACUAUGUAGCUUUCGGCGUCGGUGCAGCCAUCAGUGGUGCUAUGUGGACCAAUAUUGUUCCGGACAAACUCACCGCCUACCUCCAAGGCAAUGCGACUCUUGUUGCUGCUGCUUAUGCCGAUCCAUUGACAUACGCUACACAAUGGCCCGUCGGAACAUGGCAGCGAGACGGAGUUGCCAGAGCUCAAGAUGAGGCCCAACGAGUAAUGGUUAUUGUCGGUACCGUCAUCUCUUUUAUUGGCCUACUUACUGCUAUUUUCCUUCUUGAGAACCUUCGACUGCCCGACACUCAAUCCCUUGAAGAGUCCGAAGAGUACAUCACCGAGGCCGAGAAGAAACAGAAGAAAGCGUUGACCGUUGCGGUCGUUAGAGAUGGGCCCGUUGCAGCCCAAUAA